ACUUGCCAGACAGUUGCAAGCAGAUUCUGUUCCCCGAGGCAGUUGAUCACAGCUGACUGUAUAACUGACUACUGGAUCGAUGAACAGAAAUUCACUGAGAUUACAUUGGGAGGGGCAUCAAGGACAAUGGUGCAGAAAAAGAAAAUCUGCCCUCGGUUACUCGACUAUCUUGUGAUCGUUGGAGCCAGGCAGCCAAGUAGUGAUAGUGUUGCUCAGACUCCUGAACUGCUGCGACGUUACCCUCUAGAAGACCACGUGGACUUUCCUCUACCGCCUGAUGUUGUAUUCUUCUGCCAGCCAGAAGGAUGCCUGAGUGUGCGGCAAAAGCGCAUGAGCUUCCGUGAUGACACUUCCUUCGUCUUCACGCUCACAGACAAAGAUACAGGUGUCAUUCGCUAUGGAAUCUGUGUCAACUUCUACCGCUCCUUCCAGAAGCGAGUACCCAAGGAGAAGGGAGAAGGCGCAGGAGGGCAUCGAGCUCGGGAGGGACAGAAAAUCCCCAAAUCUGGGGAUGCAUCUGCACCCCAAGAGGGGGUUGGCACUGAGAGUCCAGAGAGUGGUUCUUCACUACAGGCUCCAAGUACGGAGUCUACGCCAGAUGUGACUCGAUCACCGCGCAGUAAGCAUCUGGCCAAAGGCAGCCAUCGCUCUCGGAACAGCACGCUGACUUCUCUGUGCAUCCUUAGUCAUUAUCCCUUCUUUUCCACCUUUCGUGAGUGUCUGUACACCCUCAAAAGACUUGUGGACUGCUGUAGUGAGAGAUUGUUGGGCAAGAAGUUGGGGAUUCCUCGUGGGGUGCAGAGAGAUACAAUGUGGCGGAUUUUCACAGGCUCCCUCCUGGUGGAAGAAAAGUCCAGUGCAUUGCUACAUGACUUGCGGGAGAUUGAGUCCUGGAUAUAUCGGCUGCUCCGCUCACCGAUGCCUGUUGCUGGUCAGAAGCGGGUGGAUGUGGAGGUCUUGCCACAUGAGUUGCAGCCAGCUUUGACUUUUGCGCUUCCUGAUCCAUCCCGCUUCACCUUGGUGGAUUUUCCAUUACAUCUGCCUUUGGAGUUGUUGGGAGUGGACGCGUGCCUGCAGGUGCUGACCUGCAUCCUUCUGGAGCACAAGGUUGUAUUGCAGUCCCGAGAUUAUAAUGCACUCUCCAUGUCUGUGAUGGCCUUUGUGGCUAUGAUCUACCCAUUAGAGUACAUGUUCCCAGUGAUCCCUCUGCUUCCCACCUGCAUGGCAUCUGCAGAACAGUUGCUUUUAGCCCCUACACCUUAUAUUAUUGGUGUUCCAGCAAGUUUCUUCCUUUACAAACUGGAUUUUAAAAUGCCUGAUGAUGUAUGGCUUAUUGACCUGGAUACCAAUAGGGUAAUCGUUCCCACAAAUGCAGAAUCUUUGCCAGCAUUGCCAGAACCAGAAGCUUUGGAGCUGAAAAAGCAUCUGAAACAGGCAUUGGCCAGCAUGAGCCUGAAUACUCAGCCCAUUCUUAAUCUAGAGAAGUUCCAUGAGGGGCAGGAGGUGCCACUGCUGCUGGGAAGACCGCAGAAUGAUUUGCAGUCUACUCCCUCCACAGAAUUCAACCCUCUCAUCUAUGGAAAUGAUGUGGACUCUGUGGAUGUGGCUACCAGGGUGGCUAUGGUGAGAUUCUUCAACUCGCCAAAUGUUUUGCAAGGUUUCCAGAUGCAUACUCGCACUCUUCGUCUCUUCCCACGACCAGUGGUGGCCUUCCAGGCAAAUUCUUUUCUUGCCUCUAGGCCGAAGCAAACACCUUUUGCAGAUAAACUUUCCAGGACUCAGGCAGUAGAAUACUUUGGAGAAUGGUCACUCAACCCUACUAACUAUGCUUUCCAAAGAAUUCAUAACAACGUGUUUGACCCAGCACUGAUUGGUGACAAACCGAAGUGGUAUGCUCACCAGCUGCAGCCCAUCCACUAUCGUGUCUAUGACAGUAAUUCACAGCUGGCUGAAGCACUAAAUGUCCCAGCAGAGAAGGAAACAGAUUCUGAUCCCACUGAUGACAGUGGCAGUGACAGUGUCGACUAUGAUGACUCAAGUUCCUCCUACUCCUCACUCGGUGACUUUGUCAGUGAGAUGAUGAAAUGUGACAUUAAUGGCGAUACCCCAAAUGUUGACCCCCUGACUCACGCAGCCCUUGGUGAUGCUAGUGAAGUGGAUUUUGAUGAUUUUCAAGAAUAUUCAGGGGAUAUGGAUGAACAGGCCAUGGACAGUGAAAACUCUCAAGAGAACAACCAACCUCGUUCAAGUUCCAGUACUACAGCCAGUAGCAGCCCCAGCACUGUCAUCCAUGGAGUGAAUCAUGAGUCAGCAGAUUCAGCAGAAAUAGAAGAGAAGUUGGUUGCUGGAUUUUCAAACCAUCUCCCUUCCUUGGCCCUGCAACCAAGCUUUCCCAAGAUAAGCUUGGAUCGUGAGAGCGACAGCGCAGCUGGCAGCAUGAGCUCCUCAGAAGGGGUGGUGAGGAAGCGAGAGUAUGACAAUCCGUACUUCGAACCACAGUAUGGUUUUCCUGUAGAGGAUGAAGAUGAUGAGCAGGAAGAGAGCUACACCCCAAGAUUUAACCAGAAUCUCAAUGGAAGCAGGUCUCAGAAGUUACUCCGUCCAAACAGUUUAAAACUGGCCAAUGAUUCUGAUGCAGAUUCAGAUUCCAGGGCCAGCUCCCCAAACUCUACUGUCUCCAACAACAGCAGUGAAGGUUUUGGGGGCAUCAUGUCUUUUGCAAGCAGCCUGUACAGAAACCACAGCACAAGUUUCAGUCUGUCCAACUUAGCCCUACCAACCAAAGUUGGGAGAGACAAGAAUACUCCCUUUCCCAGCCUGAAAGUAUUUGGGUUAAAUACUAUAAUGGAGAUUAUUACUGAAGCUGGCCCAGUAAGCAAUGAAGGAAACAGACGAGCCCUUGUGGAUCAAAAGUCUUCAGUCAUUAAGCACAGCCCAACAGUGAAGAGAGAAUCUCCAUCGCCUCAGGGACGAACUAGCAAUUCCAG